AUGGAAGAAGACCAAAGCAUCAAGUCCAGCACCAAGAAGAACAUUACUGAUACCAUCUUCCCAAUACCAGGGCCGCGACCAUUGCCGGUUCUCGGAAAUAUCUUGGACAUCGACCUCGUCAGUCCAUUGGAUUCCUUGAUAAAUCUCGUGGCAAAGCAUGGUCCCAUCUUCUCCUUGACCUUUGCUGGUAAAAGAGAAAUCACUGUCUCAAGCCGUGAACUAGUAGAGGAAGUGUCCGAUGAAACCCGUUUCUGCAAGCUCGUCACGAGCGGUGUUGAGACUAUGCGAGCAGCCGCUGGCGAUGGUCUCUUCACCGCACAGCACAACAAUCGCACCUGGGGUGUCGCUCACAGGAUUUUGAUGCCAGUCUUUGGCCCUUUGAAGAUCAGGAGUAUGUUUGAUGAAAUGAAUGAUCUCUCUGAACAGCUUUGCUUGAAGUGGGCUCGUCUUGGUCCUUCGGUGCCCAUCGAAGUCGCUGAUGAUUUCACUCGCCUGACUCUGGACACCAUCGCGCUGUGCUCUAUGGACUACCGGUUCAACAGUUUCUACCUGGACAAGAAGACACACUCAUUUGUCGAGAGCAUGAUUGCCGUCCUUGGAGAAGCCGACCUGCAAGCUGUCCUCCCUGACUUUGUCAGUUUACUUCGACCACGGGCAAUGUCCAGAUUCAGGCAGAACAUUGAGCAGAUGCAAUGCACAUGCCGCGAGAUCAUCACGCAGCGCCGUCAGUCACCCACCAAAGAUCAGAGCAAUGACUUGCUCAACGCCAUGCUGAAUGGUCGCGAUCCCGAGACCGGGGAUUCCUUGAGUGAAGAAGCCAUCGUUCACAACAUCAUUACCUUUCUGGUCGCAGGUCACGAGACUACGUCAGGUCUCCUGUCCUUCUCCAUCUGCUAUCUUGUGGAGCACCCAGAGGAAAUGAGGAAGGCUCGUGAGGAAGUCGACCGAGUUAUUGGAGAUGGGCCCAUUAACGUCCAGCAUCUGCAACAGCUUCCUUUCCUCGAUUCAGUCUUCCGGGAGACAUUGAGAUUGAUGCCGACUGCGCCUGGGUAUUAUGUCACCCCAUUCAAGGAUGAGAUCAUCGGGGGACGGUAUCUCGUCAAGCCUGGCGAGGCCUUAUGUGUGCUGUUGCAUACCCUUCACAGAGAUCCUGCAGUUUGGGGUGCAGAUGCAGAAGAAUUCAAACCAGACAGGAUGAGGAACCUCGACAGUAUUCCAAAACAUGCCUGGAAGCCGUUUGGUAAUGGCAUGCGAGGUUGCAUUGGGAGAGCGUUCGCUUGGCAGGAGGCGCAACUAGUUAUCGCGAUGCUUUUGCGCAACUUCGACAUCAAGAAGGAUGAUCCUGGAUACAAGCUCAAGGUCAAGCAUCUUCUUACGAUCAAGCCAGCCGGGUUCAAGGUUCGCGUCGGCUUGAGAGACGACAAGAGGCCGACUGACUUCUUAAAAAGCCUAAGGGCUCGCUCGAGUGGUGUCGAAGAGCCUUCAAGACAGGCUAUGCAACACGUCUUGUCUCAAAAAGGCCCGAUGACAGUCUUGUACGGAUCUGAUACAGGCACCUGUGAAGCAUUGGCACAGCGUCUCGUCAUGGAAGCAUCCAGAAGAGGCUUUACCCCCAAGUCGAUGUCCAUGAACGAUGCUGCAGGAAGUCUACCUUCGGAUGGCCCAGUCGUCAUGAUCACCGCGUCUUACAACGGACUGCCAUCGCGGGAUGCGACUAAGUUUGUUUCUUGGACCCAGAGUCUUCAAGCUGGCGACUUGAAAGGCGUCCGGUUCGCCGUCUUUGGUUGUGGUCACAGAGACUGGCCUGCUACACUUUUCAAAGUGCCAAUGGCGCUGGAUGCAAUGUUGGAUGCGGCUGGAGCUCAGAGACUGGCCACUCUGGGCACCGGAGAUACUGCGACCUGUGAUGUCUUCUCUGAGCUCGAAAGCUGGCUCGAUAACCACCUUUGGCCAGCACUGCUAGACAAUCAUGGGCGAAUUGUGGAUCGGGAAAGCCCCGAUGUCGAUAUUGAGGUCAAACUUGGAAAUGGAUUCCAACCCACAGUACGCAGAGGCUUCAUACCAGCAUUUGUCGAAGAAUCUCGCAUGUUAUCAGCGAAAGGUGUCCCUCAAAAGCGACAUCUUGAACUCAGACUGCCAGAAGGGGUCAUCUACCAAGCCGGCGGUCAUCUUCAGGUUUUGCCCCAGAAUGACCCACAGCUUGUUCAGAAAGUUUUGUUCAGGUUCAACAUUACCGGAGACACUCUACUGACGAUCACAUCUCGAUCGGGCCGUUCAUCCAGCCUGCCUCUCAACAAGCCCAUCACAGCCUGGGAUCUCUUUGCCAGCCACCUUGAACUCACACGCACAGCAACGCCCAGAAGCAUCGAAAUCUUGGCAGAGGUAGCUGAGAAAGAGGAAACUUGCGCUACAUUGCGGACCCUGUCGAGUAAGACUUCCGACGUCCGCGACAAGCGUCUUACCGUCGUCGACCUACUCAUGACCUUUCACGACAUCAAGCUUUCACUCACAUUGUUUCUCUCCAUGUUGCCGCAUAUGCGCCCUAGAACCUACUCUUUCUCGUCUUCGCCUUCCUGGAAGUCUGGCUUUACGACGCUGACUUAUACCGUUGAGGAGAAAGGCGUCGCAUCAAAGUAUCUCGCAUCGUUGAGUCCAGGGGAUGUGGUGCAAAUCUCUCUGAUGCCUGCGACACUGAACUUCAGUCUCCCCGAUAUUCACAGCCGCACUUCAACACCGGUGAUCAUGGUAGGAGCAGGCACAGGUCUCGCCCCUUUCAUGGGUUUUGUCCAGGACCGCACAAUUGCACUGCGGGAAGGAGCUUGCUUGGCUCCGGCGAUAUUGUUCUUUGGUUGUCGUGGACCCGAGCUGGAUGACAUAUAUCGGAAUGAGUUGGACGAGUUUGAGAAAGAAGGCGUGGUAAAAGUCGUCCGCGCUUUCAGUCGGGCAAGAGGGGCGCCACAUCAAUACGUCGUUGAUCAGCUGCCAAACUUCAAGGACCAAAUUUCAGAAAUGUGGAAGAGUGGAGCACGCGUCUAUGUAUGUGGUGCGAAGAAAGUUGCCGAUGCGGUGUUCGAGGUGUUGCGUCCAAUGCUCCUUGAGGCGGAGAUGGAACCUGGACAGCCAGGUUCUGUUGACACUGACACUUGGAACAAGACUGUCCCGGGUAAUCGAUAUGCAGUCGAGAUUUUCAACUAA